GCAAGCAUUGCAAACUGUACUUAUUUGCAUUAAAAUAUGGUUAGCUUUACUGUAUUUUUAUUUGCAUUAAGGAUAACUAAUCAUUUUUGUUGGUGCACAUUGAGGGGAUGAAGGAAAACAAGGUUAGGGAGCUCUUCCUCAUUUUAGCAGAGGAAGUAUGUGGCUGUGUGCUGUUUUCAGUAGACCAGCGCUCAGUUUAGAUAAGCCCGCAGAGCAGUGCAGGCCACUCACAACACAACUGCUCUUACUGCUGGCCUUCGGUCUGAGACCAGGGCAGUAUUUCUUUGCUCUGAACCACCUGCUUCAACUUUAUUGUGAUCAGCCAGCCAGAACUGAAGCUUUGCCCUCCGGAGGAAACAUGGUUAUUUAACUGCUCAAGUGAAAGCUUCUGUAGAGCUGUGGCCCUUAAACAUAACCAUGGGCAAUGUGAUGAAGCAGGAAAAGACAAACCCAGAGCCAAACAGCUCUGAUACCAUGUUUAAAGACUGUGACAGUCUUGUGGUGCUCUCUGAUUACCCAUGUCGAGACAUUAGUGAACCAAUCUUUAGGAUAGGGGACAAACUCAAAGGUCUUUCUGAAGAUGGUUGCUGGUGGAAAGUCCGUUCUCUUCAAUCGGGAACUGAGAAUUACAUUCCAAGUAAUUAUGUGGCAAAGGUUUAUCAUGGAUGGCUGUUUGAGGGGAUAAGCCGACAGAAGUCAGAAGAGCUUUUGUCAUUGCCUGGUAACAGUGUUGGAUCAUUCCUUAUUAGAGAAAGUCCGAGAGAAAGAGGUGUAUAUUCUCUCUCUGUGAGACACAGGACCGUAAAGCACUAUAAAAUAUUCCGUCUGACUAAUAGCUGGUACUACAUCUCCCCACGGCUUACCUUUCAGUGUCUGGAGGACAUGGUCAAUCACUACUCUGACUCAUCGGAUGGGAUAUGUUGUGUUCUCAGCGCUCCAUGUCUGGCUCUGUCCAACCCUGCCCAGAGCACAAACCUGCAAGCGCCUCCUGUGGUAAUGCGCCGUAACUUGGAUUGGAAGAAAGUGAAUAAGUCACAGCUGAUGAGCCCAAGCGAGCUGGACAAUGCGGACAGCAAAGAUAACAUGAUGAGCUAUGGUGUGAGGAGCAGCAUAGCCGCCUAUAUGUCUUUAACAUCAGUACCUGAGCUAGACAACACCAAAGGUCGCAAAAAGAAGAGCAAGUCUGUCUACGUGAUGCCUGACCACAGUAAUAUAAAUGAAGAUGAGGACUAUUAGCUGAUGAAUGUAGACUUGUAAUCUUUUAACUUUAAACUAGCACAUUGCUAUGGAUGGUAAUAUUUUUGCACUGGGUUAAGUGAAUCUCUCACAUACACGUCCAGGUCACUUUUAUAUGGAAGCCGUUUCUGCCACUUCUGAGUUUACAUCUUACAAUGCUACAUUUACAUUUAGCAACUUUGAGCUUUUCUCCAAAAUCUGGGUUAACAUCUCAUAAUCUUUUUUUUUUAAAGUUGUUUGUGCCAUGGAAUAAAAAUAAAAACAGUAAUUGCACAUUUUUAUCUUCCAAUUCUGACUCUCUUUUUUUUUUCCUGCAAUUGCGAAUUAAUAUUAGAUAUAUAGAUAUUUAAGAGUUCACAUUUAUCAAUUCUGAAAAAUUUCAAAAAAUUAUGUGUUUAUGUCUCAUAACUCUGAAUUCUCAGUCAGAUCAGUAUGUUGGUCAGUCAAAAUUGUGGUCAGUCAAAACCUAUUACCUUUAUUUUUUUAUUCAUUUUUUCAUUUUAAUUUUAAUUUUUCUGUGGUGGAAACUGGCUUCCAUAAAUUUCACCCUAAAAUCAAAUAGAAAAAAGUGAUUAUUUUAAUGAUGGUUGUUUACAUUUACUGUAAUGUGUUUGUCAGUGGUGAGUUAUUAGAUUCUCAGUAAUGUGUGUGUGUGUGUGUGUGUGUGUGUGU